CUUACCGAGUCCCGCAACUUUGGUGGCUCGACGGUGUAUUGGAUUUCUCCAGUUCACUGUGUAAGAAACUCAACUCUUGUUUGCCUCUUCCGAAGCACCAUCAUCCCGGAAUAAUUCAGCACCUUCAAAAUGCGCUCAUCAGUCAUCCCAAAAUUGAGGCCAGCAUCACUCAUCAGCUGCCUGCCGAAUCAGUCAGCCAGACAUUUUUCCAAACUAAUCACCCACACAUCACGAGCCACGAGCACAGCACAGCAUCGGUAUCUUCGACCGCUUAGCCGACGCUUCACUUCUACGACCGCCAAGUCGAUCACGAUGGCUGGUAACCUGGAGCCUCGAUUCUCAGCCGAUGCGGACCCAGUAGUACUUGAAACAUUCCUAUCCCCUCUACUUACAACGAAUGGCGGGCGAUGGUCCCUCACGAUGGAGGGACAGGCACUCGAGCGCGAGUUCAAGUUCAAGACGUUUGCCAAGACAUGGGAUUUCAUGACAGCCGUGUCUCUCCAGUGCAAGCUCAAGAGCCACCACCCGGAGUGGUCAAAUGUGUUCAACACGACCUUCAUCCGCUGGACGACCCACCACCCCAAGGGGCUCUCGGAGAAGGACAUCGAGCUGGCGACGAUCUGCGACAAGCUGGCCACCGACUUUGGCGAAGUCGCUGUCGAGAAACCCCAGGGCCAGCAACAAGAGCCGCAAGAACAGCAGCAGCAGCAGCAGCAGCAGCAAGGAGAGGCAAGCGGCUUGUCCGGCCUGGCGAACAGGGCGGUGAAAUCUGCGGGGGAUUGCUGCGUUCCCAAGAGCUCGAAGUGAGGCAUCCGUUCAGAGGGCGCUCUCUCGACGACCCAGCCCGAGGCGUAGAUGGGGGAGAUGGGGGAGAUGGAGGAGGGGAGCUCUGAACUCGACGCUGCGUUGCUAUUCAUCCUUUUUGGUUUCAACGCCACACCGAGACAUACCUGAAGAGCAGUAUCGCAACGAGAUUGUAGGACACGGUGUAUUUGUUCUUUUGUCCGAAUUAAAGUCUGAUAGUGUAAUGCCAUAUAUACAAACGGGUGGGAAAUAUUAGGAUUAAUGGACCGCCAGCCAACAACGCCCCUCAAGACUGCGUCGUCCCUAUCUUUUUGCCUUCGUAGCAAUUGAUCUAUAGCCCCAGUUCUCGUGUGUUUCGUCAUCACAGAUGUCAUAUCCACCUUGGAUGUGUCCCCAAGUGGUCCUCUUCCUUCAAGCCCUGCCAAUGUCUAUCCUUCUACGACGGGCCGGCUCAAGUAUCGUCCGU